AUGGCUGCAAAUGAGGUACGCGGCAUGUCCUUUGGAAACUCACUGGAAACUUCUUUGCUCUCGCCGCCGACAGGUCUCACUUCCGCAAGAAGCUUGAAGCGCAAGCUCCAAGGAGAUUUAACCCAGGACCAGACCGAUUCCGAGGCAGAGAUUCUCCAACAGGUUUCUCUCCUCAAUUCCACUCUUCUAUCCUCUGCCCCGGACUGCGCUACUAUCAAGAAUGCUAUCCACAGCCUCUCUGUAUUCGCUGGAAACGAGGAACUCGUGGAUACUAUACUGAAUUGCGGUGCUAUCCCUGCUUUGAUGAGACAUCUUCCAUUGCCAGAUGCACGGAAAGAUGACAGUAAUGAGGCAUAUGCAUUGGAAGAUGAUAAUGAUGGAGUUACCGAACAUGAUCAGUUUGAGGUGGUCACAGGAUGUACGAUUCUCCUUCAGCUUCUUGCCAUCAAACAAGCAUAUAUUCGGGAACUUAUUGUACGUUCCGGAGCCUUGCCCUGUCUAGUAAAUUCUUUAAAGAGGCACAAGAUCAGUACUAUUUCUCGACCACUUGUUGAACUUCUAAAGAGAGCAGCCGAUGCAAUAACCACCUUAGCUCAUGAAAAUACUGACAUCAAGACUUAUGUCAGGAUGGAAGGUGGUAUACCUCCUAUUGUUGAAUUGCUUGAAUUCAACGAUAUAAAGGUUCAGAGAGCAGCUGCACGGACUUUGCGAACUCUUGCUUUUAAAAAUGACGGCAACAGAAAUGAGAUAGUUGAAUGUAAUGCAUUACCAAAUCUUGUAUUAAUGCUUGGAUCAGAGGAUUCUAAAUUACACUGUGAGGCGCUUUUUGUGAUUGGAAAUCUGAUCCACUCUUCGCCAAAUACUAGGAAAGAUGUUCUUUUAGCUGGUGCUUUACAACCGGUCAUUUGUUCACUUAGUUCCUCCUGUUCAGAGAGCAGAAGAGAAGCAGCCCGUUUACUUGGUCAGUUUACCACAACAGAUUCCGAUUGCAAGGUUCAUAUUUCCCAAAGAGGGGCUAUUCCACCAUUAGUUGAUAUGCUUAAGUCUCCGGAUGCCGAGCUUCAGGAAAUGUCAGCUUUUGCACUUGGGAGGUUGGCACAGGACUCACAUAAUCAAGCUGGUAUUGCUCAAAGCGGAGGUGUGGAGCCUCUGCUCAAACUUCUUGACUCAAACAACGCACCAGUGCAACAAAAAGCUGUUUUUGUUCUCUAUGGUCUCGCUAAUAAUGAGGACAAUGUUGUGUGCAUUAUUAAGGCUGAUGGUUUUCAAAGACUGAAGGAUGGAAAUUUCGAUAAUCAAGUGUUGAAACACCUAUUACAUCUUAUGUGCUACCCUGAAGAAGGGGUUCAAAGACGUGUAGCUAUUGUUCUUGCAUAUUUAUGUUCUCCCCGUGAUAGUAAAACUAUAUUCAUUGACAAUAAUGGAUUAAAUUUGCUGCUGGAUAUUCUCAAAUCUCCAAAUGUAAAGCAGAUGGGUGACGCGUCGGCCGCACUUCUCAGAUUGGCUGCCAAAACCCAUUCUUCUGUUAUCUCCCAUUUGGAAAUUACUACUCCAUCAUCCCAGAUAUACUGGGGUGAGGAAUAUGUAAACAAUCCUAAACUUUCUGACGUCACAUUCCUGGUUGAAGGUAGAAGUUUUUAUGCUCAUAAAGAUUGUUUAGUUUCUUCGGACAUAUUUCGUGCUAUGUUUGAUGGCAGUUAUAGGGAAGGAGAAGCAAAAUAUGUAGCGAUUCCAAAUAUUAAAUGGGAUGUCUUUGAAUUAAUGAUGAGAUUUAUAUACACUGGAACGAUUGAUGUCAAUUUGGAUAUUGCUCAAGAUCUCCUCAAAGUGGCAGAUCAGUAUCUUCUGGACGACCUUAAACGUGAUUGUGAAUGUGCUAUUGUUCAGGUAUUGUCCCCUGGUGCAUCACUUUAUACCCGAGUUACGUAUGUUCUUAUCAACUUUACUAAUCAAGUCUCAUCCAGCGGACUGGUUUCUCUCCUCCAUUCCGCUGCUUCGGACUUUGAUACAGUUAAGAGGACUAUGUACAACCUCAGUGUGCUCGCUCAAAAUGAGGAUCUUGCGGACACUUUUCUUGAUUGCGGGGUUGCUCAUGCUCUGGCGAGGCAUCUUCAACUUCCAGAUUACAGUGGCCAUGGAGUUACUGAGCUUGACAAGUUUGACGUGGCCAAAAGAUGCGCGCUCAUUAUUGAGUUUCUCGCCAUCAAACAAGAAUAUCAGGAACUCAUUGUACGUGCUGGAGUCUUGCCUUGUCUUGUAGAGUGUUUAAAGAGACACAAGAUCUGUACUACUUCUCAACAACUUUGUAAUCUUCUAAGGAGAGCAGCUGAUGCAAUAACGAGCUUAGCCCAUGAACAUACUGACAUCAAGACCUGUGUCAGGAUGGAAGGUGGUAUACCUCCUCUUGUUGAAUUGCUUGAAUGGAAUGAUAUUAAAGUACAGAGAGCAGCUGCACGGGCUUUGCGAACUCUUGCAUUUAAAAAUGAUGGCAACAAAAAUCAGAUAGUUGAAUGCGAUGCCUUACCCACUCUUGUGCUAAUGCUUGGAUCAGAGGAUUCUAAAAUACAUUAUGAGGCUAUUGGUGUGAUUGGAAAUCUGGUCCACUCUUCGCCAAAUAUUAAGAAAGAUGUUCUUCUGGCUGGUGCUUUACAACCUGUCAUUUGUUCACUUAGUUCCUUUUGUUCGGAGAGUCGAAGAGAAGCCGCCCUUUUACUUGGUCAGUUUGCCACAACAGAUUCAGAUUGCAAGGCUCAUAUUGCCCAAAGAGGGGCUAUUCCACCAUUAGUUGAUAUGCUUAAGUCUGCAGAUGCCGAGCUUCAGGAAAUGUCAUCUUUUGCACUUGGAAGGUUGGCACAGGACUCUCAUAAUCAAGCUGGCAUUGCUCAAAGUGGAGGUAUAGAGCCUCUGCUCCAACUUCUUGACUCAAAUAUAGCGCCUGUCCAACAAAAUGCCGUUUUUGCUCUCUAUGGUAUUGCCGAUAACGAGGACAAUGCUGUAUAUAUUAUUAAGGCUGAUGGUUUUCAAAGACUGAAGGCUGGAAAUUUCGAAAAUCAAUGGGUUUUCUUGUCAUUGUCACUUAACUGGCAGCAAACUGUAGAGUGUGCAGUGAAGACUUUAAAAAGAUUAGAGGAAAAGAUUCAAGGGAGAGUGUUGAAACACCUUAUACGUCUUAUGUGCUACUCUGAAGAAAUGGUUCAAAGGCGUGUUGUUAUUGCGCUUGCAUAUUUAUGUUCUCCUCGUGAUAGUAAAGCUAUAUUCAUUGACAAUAAAGGAUUAAAUUUGCUGCUGGAUAUUCUCAAAUCUCCAAACACAAAGCAGAUGGGUGAUGCUUCAGCUGCGCUUCACCAAUUGGCUGCCAAAGCUCAUUCUUCGGUUGUCUCCCUUCUUGAACGUGUUCCUUCAUCACCAAGUCCUCAGAUGUCCUUGGGCAAGGAAUAUGUAAACAAUGCUAAACUUUCUGACGUUACAUUCGUGGUUGAAGGUAGAAGUUUUUAUGCUCAUAGAGUUUGUUUAGUUUCUUCGGACAUAUUUCGUGCUAUGUUUGAUGGCAAUUAUAGGGAAAGGGAAGCAGAACAUAUAGUGAUUCCAAAUAUAAAAUGGGAUGUUUUUGAAUUGAUGAUGAGAUUUAUAUAUACUGGAACGGUAGAUGUCAAUGUGGACGUCGCUAAGGAUCUUCUUAGAGCGGCAGAUCAGUAUCUUCUGGACGGCCUUAAGCAUAUUUGUGAAAAGGCUAUUGUUAAGGAAAUUUCAGUGGAAAAUGUUGCGCCACUGUAUAAGAUAUCCGAGGAUUUCAAUGCUACUAGAUUAAGACAUGCAUGCAUACUGUUUAUGAUGGAGAAAUUUGAUCAACUGAGAUUUGAACCAUGGUUUCGUCCCCUGUCGCAUACAACAGUGAUGAGUGUUCAGCUAUCAGGUUUAUGGGUCCCCAACUCUCCACCAAUUCCCCCACAGUUCGUUUCCAACCGUGGCAGAUUCUCCGCAUCAGCUCUCUCGUCCCAAUCCCCCACUAUUCAGGCAACCCUUUUCACUCAACUCUCUAUCUUUUUCCAAUACACUUUCACCUCCCGAGAUUACAUCUUGUGGCCUUUGUUAUUUAUAAUUGGUGUGGGAGGCCCCAGUUGGAGGGAUAAUGGAUAUGGCAAUCCCAACGACAACUUAUUUGAUGGGUCUCAAGGAGAGAGUGAUCAUUGGAGCGACCUUGACUCUGAUCUUUAUCACUGGACAAAGACAUUGCGCCCUGUGCAGUGGUUUCCUGGUCAUAUUGCAAAAGCAGAAAAAGAACUGAAGGAGCAGCUCAGGUUGAUGGAUGUUGUGAUAGAGGUGCGGGAUGGACGAAUUCCCAUAUCCACAAGUCAUCCACAGAUGGAUCUAUGGCUUGGAAAUAGAAAGAGAAUUUUGGUUUUAAAUAGAGAAGACAUGAUAUCAACUGCAGACCGCAAUGCUUGGGCAGAUUAUUUUACUAGAAAUGGCACAAAGGCUGUCUUCUCCAAUGGAAAGCUUGGAAUGGGAACAAUGAAGCUAGGUCGGUUAGCAAAGGAAUUAGCAGCUGAUGUAAAUAUUAAGCGUAGAGCCAAAGGGCUGCUUCCUCGUGCGGUUCGAGCUGGAAUAGUUGGAUACCCUAACGUUGGUAAAUCAUCUUUAAUCAACCGUUUGUUAAAGCGAAGAAUGUGCCCAGCAGCUCCCAGGCCUGGAGUCACAAGAGAAUUGAGGUGGGUUCGUUUUGGGAAAGAUCUUGAACUGCUGGAUUCUCCUGGAAUACUCCCAAUGCGAAUCAGUGAUCAGUCAGCUGCUAUAAAACUCGCCAUAUGUGAUGACAUUGGAGAGAGGUCUUAUGAUGUGGCUGAUGUUGGUGCAAUUCUUGUGCAGAUGCUUACAAAGCUCCCCACAGUAGGUGGAGAUACUCUUCGUAAACGAUACAAGAUUGAUGUAGAUAGUCAAUGUGGUAAAAUGUUUAUAGAGAAGCUUGCGGUUCGAGUAUUUAAUGGAGAUGUUAAUCAAGCAGCAUUUCGAGUCCUAGCAGAUUUUAGAAAAGGAAAGUUUGGUUGGACUGCACUGGAGAGGCCCUCUAGGUGA